UACGAAUAGAGAGUAGUUUCCAUAUACAGGAUUGCAAAAAUUUCAAAUAUGCUUUACUCUCAGCUAUCUUUGUGCAUUUUCAGAGCUUCUGUAGUUUCACCGCAACCUAAUACCAAUUGGUCAAGGUCAAAGUCGAACAAUGGGAGGAGAGUUGGUCACUGCACGAAAGUUUCUCGCAGUGUGAAUAUGGAGAACCUGCAAAGUGAAUAUUUAUUUCCGGAGAUAUUCAUGCGUGAGUACGAGCAUAGUCAGAAAAAUCCACAUGCAAACUUAAUAAGACUUGGCGUUGGUGAUACUACGCAGCCCAUACCAGACAUCGUAACAAAAGCCAUGGCUCAGCAUGCACAGAAUCUAUCAACAGUUGAAGGUUACAAAGGGUAUGGAGCUGAGCAAGGGAACACUGAAUUAAGAAUGGCAAUUGCAGAAACAUUAUACGGAAACAUGGAUGUCAAAUCCCAUGAGAUUUUUGUAUCAGAUGGCGCACAGUGUGACAUUUCUCGCCUACAGAUGCUUCUGGGAUCAAAUAUGACGGUGGCGGUGCAAGAUCCUUCAUUUCCGGCAUUUAUAGAUUCCAGUGUUAUUCUUGGACGAGCUGGAAAGUUUCAUGAAGAAACUGGAAAGUAUGGGAAUAUUGUAUACAUGAAUUGCAAUCCUGAAAAUGACUUUUUUCCCGAUUUACAAACUACUUCAAGAGCAGAUAUUAUAUUUUUCUGCUCCCCAAACAACCCAACUGGAUAUGCAGCAUCUUGGCACCAGGUAAAGCAGCUGGUCGAGUUUGCAAAAUCAAACGGUUCCAUCAUAAUCUACGAUUCCUCCUACUCUGCUUACAUUUCGGAUUAUAGCCCAAGAUCGAUCUAUGAAAUCCCUGGUGCUAAGGAGGUUGCAAUAGAGAUUUCUUCCUUCUCCAAAUUUGCUGGGUUUACAGGGGUCAGACUUGGUUGGACAGUGCUUCCAGAAGAGUUAUUAUACUCGAAUGGAUUUCCUGUUAUUAAAGAUUACAAUCGAAUUGUGUGCACUUGCUUCAAUGGUGCAUCAAAUAUUGCUCAGGCUGGAGGGCUAGCAUGCCUUUCUUCACAAGGUUAUCAGGCAAUUACCAAUGUGGUUGACUACUAUAAGGAGAAUGCCAAAAUCAUAUAUGAGACAUUGGGAUCACUUGGAUUAAAAGUGUAUGGUGGCAAAAAUGCACCUUAUAUUUGGGUGCAUUUUCCGGGUAGGAGUUCUUGGGAUGUAUUCAAUGAAAUUCUUGAAAGAACACAUGUCGUAACCAUUCCCGGCAGCGGAUUUGGCCCCGUCGGAGAAGGGUACAUCAGAGUGAGCGCUUUUGGUAGUAGAGAAUGCAUUCUGGAAGCUACAAGGAGACUCAAAACUAUGUUCUCCUGAAAAAUGCCUCUUUUACUUUUUUUAAAUAAUGCUGAGCUAUAAGGUCGACCUAGUAGAAUGCUCUCUCUUUUUUUAUUUUUUGGUCCUUUAUAAUAUGGCUCUUGAGAGAAACAGUAUUAGUACUGGCUAUUUUGUGUAUUAUU